AUGUGCUUUACCAACGGUUCCAUGUUUUCCCGCUUUCCCACCAGUGCUCUGGGCCAGUUUGGCCUGUGCCGCUCAAUGGUGAUCUCAGUUAUCGAUACAUCUGCGCGCGUACCGGUGGAGGAGCCAGCUGUGGAGCCUGCUCCAGCGGAGGCCCCUGAUGACAACCUGUCUCUUGGCGAGAAGCUGCGGCAGGCUGUCAUGAGCGGCAGCCAGGACGACCUCAAGCGACUCUUUGAGCAGUGCUCCCGGGCGCCGCCGAAGAAGGCUGUGGACGCUGAUCACUUGGCAGCCUUUGCAGCCUUUGACGAUCUCCUCAAGCCCCCCGAGGAGGUAGAGCCAGCAGUGCGGCCACCUGAAGGAGCGCAGGGUCAUUCCUGGCCGCCGCCAGGAGGGUCAGGAGGAUUUGCAGGGGACCUUCUUGGUGACGGUCCAUCGACCUCUGUGGCCAGGAUUCCCGCUGAAGCACAGUCGGAGACAGCCGAGGCUGCAGCACAAUCCAACGGUCAGCUGGGUUCUGGUCCGGCCAUGUUCUUCAUAGGAGACGACCCACAAGAAGAAACACCAGACUUCGCGGCUCUGGCUGCUGGUGGUGGUGGUGGGGCCGAGCCACGGCUGACUCCACGGCGGGUCGAACAGCUCAUGUCCAACGGCACGGGCAGCAACUUAACUCCGCAGCAGCUGGAAAGACUGUCGCCACAGGAGCUUCUACAGCUUCAAGCGAUGAUCUCCAGCGCGUUGCAGGCAAGAGCCCCCCCGCCUCAGCCUGUAUCUUCCAUGCGGAGCCCCGCACCCGCCCCUUGGCAAGCAACGGCUUACAGGCCUGCAGAUCGCAUCGCAUCCUUCGAUCUAGCGCAGAAAGAUCCUGAGCAACAAGCUCCGUUCGGCGAGCUUCUGGACAUGUUCCAGAAGAAGAACACAUUGGGUUCAAGCUGA